GUAUGUGUCUCGUAAAUAGUCUCCCUGUGUCGGCGUAGGGAUCUCGUGAUAUAUAAAAGAGCCGGGCCGAGGGCAACAUCUUCUCUCGGGUUCUUCUUUCCAAGAUGACCAAGAAAAGAAGGAAUAAUGGUCGUGCCAAAAAGGGCCGCGGCCACGUGCAGCCUAUUCGCUGCACCAACUGCGCCCGUUGCGUGCCCAAGGACAAGGCCAUUAAGAAGUUCGUUAUCCGGAACAUAGUAGAGGCCGCCGCGGUCAGGGACAUUUCCGAAGCGAGUGUCUUCGACGCCUAUGUGCUUCCCAAGCUGUAUGUGAAACUACAUUACUGUGUGAGUUGCGCUAUUCACAGCAAAGUAGUCAGGAAUCGCUCUCGUGAAGCACGGAAGGACCGAACACCGCCACCCCGAUUUAGACCUGCUGGUGCUGCUCCACGACCUCCACCAAAACCCAUGUAAAGAUAAGGCUUGAAGAAAAACUUCUCUGAAAAAGAUAAAAUAAAAGAGGUUAUACUUUAAAAAGCA